GAAGUCAAUCACUGGAAUGAAGAGGUGCGGCUGCGGCUGGGUCUCAGAUCAGCUGGGAGGAUCUAGAUAGAAGCUGUUGUUUGUGCGGCUUCCUCGGGUGGUCGAGGGUCCUUCCGGUGGCUGCAGCAACCCGUGGUGUGUGUGUUGGUCCUUUGGCCCUGAAAAGUACUUAUGAGCUGUGAAUGGCAAAGAUGGAAGAUGAAAUGAAGAUGGAGACUGAGAACUUUGACCCAGAUCAAGGGUCUUUCUCUGUGACAGAUGAGUCAAGUCAACAGUCUUCCCCUAAAUUAUCUGUAACUGAACUGAGUAAGGAGUUGGAAACAAAGAGUGAGCUGAUAGAUGAUAAGGAGUUUGAUAUUCCUCAGGUUGAUACUCCUCCAACACUGGAAAGUAUUUUAAAUGAGACUGAUGAUGAAGAAGAGCCAUUUGUUCUUGAGGACCCUUCUCUUCUAAACAUUGACAACAUUGACACACAUUCGUAUGAUACUUCUUCCGUCGCAAGUUCUGACAGUGGAGACAGGACACACCUCAAAAGGAAGAAGAAGCUUCGUGAUUCUUUUUCUAUUCAUGGCUCAGUUAUACGGCUAUCGCUUUUAAAAGGAAUUUCUGCACAAAUAGUGUCUGCAGCAGCUAAGGUGGAUGCUGGCUUACCCACUGCAAUAGCAGCAUCUAGUCUCAUUGCAGUGGGAACAUCUCAUGGUCUAGCACUUAUAUUUGAUCCUAACCAGGCUCUUCGACUUUGUUUGGGCAGUACUGCAGUUGGAGCACAAUAUGGGGCUAUUUCUGCUCUUAGCAUCAACAAUGAUUGUUCAAGACUUCUGUGUGGUUUUGCGAAAGGACAGAUUACCAUGUGGGAUCUGGCCAGUGGAAAGCUUUUGAGAUCAAUAACAGAUGCUCAUCCUCCUGGAACUGCAAUUUUACACAUAAAGUUUACAGAUGAUCCAACCCUAGCAAUUUGCAACGACAGCGGAGGCUCAGUAUUUGAACUGUCAUUCAAGAGAGUCAUGGGUGUGAGAACGUGUGAAUCACGCUGCUUGUUCAGUGGUUCUAAAGGAGAAGUUUGCUGCAUUGAACCUCUGCAUGCAAAGGCUGAGCUAAGAGACCAUCCCAUCACCCAAUACUCUCUGUUAGCAAUGGCUUCCUUAACAAAGAUUCUUGUAAUUGGACUGAAACCAUCUUUGAAAGUGUGGAUGACUUUUCCAUAUGGCCGUAUGGACCCAUCCAGUGUUCCCUUGCUGGCGUGGCAUUUUGUUGCUGUGCAAACAUCUGUGAAUCCUGUGCUUGCCUUCUGUCGAGGAGAUGUUGUCCAUUUCCUUCUGGUAAAAAGAGAUGACUCUGGAGCAAUACAUGUUACCAAGCAAAAACAACUGCAUCUGCACUAUGACCUCAUAAAUUUUACAUGGAUAAACUCCCGCACCAUUGUGCUUCUGGACAGUGUGGAAAAGUUGCAUGUGAUCGAUCGCCAAACACAGGAGGAGCUCGAGACAGUGGAAAUCUCAGAAGUUCAGUUAGUUUACAAUAGCAGCCACUUCAAGUCACUGGCGACAGGAGGAAACGUCAGCCAAGCACUGGCCCUGGUUGGGGAGAAGGCUUGCUACCAGUCAAUCAGCAACUGUGGUGGUCAAAUAUUUUAUGUAGGCACAAAGUCUGUUCAUGUCAUGACAUUGAGGAGCUGGAGAGAGAGAAUAGACCACCUACUGAAACAAGAAUGCCUGAAUGAAGCUCUCGCUCUUGCUUGGUCCUUCCAUGAAGGGAAAGCCAAGGCUGUUGUAGGGCUAUCUGGGGAGGAACAGAAACGCAAGGCUGUCGUUGCAGACAGAAUGGUUGAGAUUCUUAUCCAUUAUGCUGAUAGAAUUAUGAAGAAAUGUCCUGAGCAGGGUAAAAUCCAAGUGAUGGAGCAAUACUUUCAGGAUAUGGUCCCUGUCAUUGUUGAUUAUUGCCUGCUGCUUCAGCGGAUGGACCUAUUGUUUAGUCAGAUGUAUGACAAGAUGGCAGAAAACUCUGUGGCGAAGGGUGUCUUCUUGGAGUGCCUCGAACCUUACAUUAUAAGUGAUAAGUUGGUGGGCAUGACAGCUCAAAUUAUGAAGGAUUUGCUGCUGCACUUUCAGGAUAAGAAUUUAAUGGCAAACAUGGAGGCUUGCAUUGUGCAUAUGGAUGUUACCAGUCUAGAUAUACAGCAGGUUGUCCUCAUGUGUUGGGAAAACCAUUUGUAUGAUGCCAUGAUCUAUGUCUACAACAGUGGAAUGAAUGAUUUUAUUACUCCAAUGGAGAAAUUAUUCAAAGUCAUUGCCCAUCCACUCAGUGCUGGAAAGUCCCUCUCAGAUGAGCAAGUAAUUAUGGGCAACAAGCUUCUUGUCUAUAUAAGUUGCUGUUUAGCAGGCCGAGCUUAUCCACUGGGCAAUAUUUCUGAAGAUUUGGUACCUUUGGUUAAAAACCAGGUUUUUGAAUUCCUUAUCCGGUUGCAUUCAGCCGAAGCACCUGUGGAAGAAGAAGUUUACCCUUACGUCCGCACACUGUUGCACUUUGAUACUCGGGAAUUCCUUAAUGUUCUUGCACUGACAUUUGAAGACUUUAAGAAUGACAAGCAAGCUGUGGAGUAUCAGCAGAGAAUUGUGGACAUCCUACUCAAGGUUAUGGUGGAGAACUCUGAUUUUACCCCAUCACAAGUUGGAUGUCUCUUUACUUUCCUUGCCCGUCAGCUUGCUAAGCCAAACAACACUCUAUUUGUGAAUAGGACAUUAUUUGACCAGGUCCUUGAAUUUUUGUGCAGCCCUGAUGAUGAUUCACGGCACUCUGAGAGACAGCAGGUUCUUCUAGAAUUGCUUCAAGCUGGUGGUAUUGUACAAUUUGAAGAGAGCAGACUGAUUCAGAUGGCCGAAAAAGCUGAAUUCUAUCAAAUCUGUGAAUUUAUGUAUGAGCGGGAACAUCGCUAUGAUAAGAUAAUUGAUUGCUACUUGCGUGAUCCUUUGAGAAAGGAAGAAGUUUUUACUUAUAUCCACAAUAUCCUCUCCAUUCCUGGGCAUAGCACAGAAGAAAAGCAAUCUGUAUGGCAGAAGGCUGUAAAGCACAUUGAGGAACUGAUAUCAGUGAGUCCUUUUAAAGCCGCGGAUCUGAUUUCCAUUCACUUCAGUGACCAGAUUGAGCAAAUCAUCCAAAACCUGCAGGACCAAUACUUGCUUUUCCAAUUUCUGAAGAGCCUACUUGACCCAAGGGAAGGAGUCAAUCAAGAUUUGCUUCAGCUCUCUCCUUCUGUUACUGAACACUUUAUUGAGUUGCUAUGUCAAUUUGAUCCUGAGCAAGUUUUAGAGACAUUAAAAUUCUUGGAAUCCUACAGGCUGGAAGAGACAAUUCAGAUUGUUCAGAAGAACCAGCUCUGUGAAGCCUCUUCCUAUCUACUUGAGAAGAAAGAUGAUAUUCAUGGUGCCUUCUUGGUAAUGCUGGAGUUUCUACAAAGGAAGUUGUCGAUACUUACAAGUGAAGAUGAGAGUUCAAUAGAAGUUCCUUCAUUAAAGGCUAUUGAAGACACUUUAGCAAAAACAAUUGCACUUUGCCAGAGGAAUUCACACAAGCUGAAUCCACAGCAGAGAGAGGCUCUUUGGUUUCCACUCUUGGAGGCAAUGAUGUCCCCUAAAAGGUCAUCUAGUUCUACGCUGUUGGGCCAUUACUCAGAAUUUUUGAAGAAUUUGACAAUGCAAGUGCUGAACAAUAUGGCAGCGUUCAUUGCUUUACCAUUGAUCCUGCAGAGAAUUUUACAGGAUCCAGUGUACGGAAGAGGAAAACUUGGAGAAAUUCAAGGUCUUGUGCUGGGUAUGCUAGACAGCUUUAAUUAUGAGCAAACUCUUUUGGAGACAACAACCAACCUACUCAAUCAUGACCUCCAUUGGUCUUUGCGCAAUUUAAAAGCAUCUGUGACUAGAGGGCUCAAUCCCAAGCAAGAUUACUGCUGUAUUUGUCUGCAGCAAUACAAGAGAAGACAAGAGACUUCUGACCAAAUCAUAGUAUUCAGCUGUGGCCAUUUGUACCACUCUCUUUGUUUGAUGAGUAAAGAGUGUGGCACUGAAUCAAAAGGACAGAUAAGAUGGACAUGUUUUAAAUGCAGUGCCAGUCACAAGGGAGGAAAACUAAGUGAAGCUUCCUCAGAGCUGAAAAGAAGAACUCCUGUAUCUCUGACUCGGACCAGUUCAGAGUCUCUCUUGGAUCCUCAGCAAGCCCAAGCUUUUGACCAGCUUUGCUGCCUGUACCGAGGAACCUCCAGGUUGGCUCUUCUGACUGAACUUUCUCGAGAUCGUGGAGGUGAAAAACAUGGGCUUCUCCAUAUCUCCCAGGGUGAUUCUGCUCUGAAUAAUGUCUUCCAGAAUGAGACCUUCCAGCUUCACCUCACACCACCUCCUCCUCUUCUGGAUGACUAAUUUCUUCUAGAAUGAGAACACCAUGAAAAGUACUUGGAGGUGCUCUGCUACUCAAUGCCCUGAUGAUGGAAAUGGCUCAGAGGGCUUCAUUUUGAACAAAGCAGACAGGACAUUGCCACAAUGCAGAGUCUUGGCAGGGAUCGGCUUUUUUUUUUCCCUUUUCUUUUUGUGAUUUGUUCAACAAAGCAGAAGGAACAUUUUAAAAAGUGGCUGGGCCUUCUUUCCGGUAGGCUUUGCUGAAAGCUAUCAACUACUCUGUUAAACCUAUGGUGUUCCUUGCUGGAGCUGAACACAACAGUACUCGGGGCAACUGUACUAAACCCCAGGGAUAGCGAGUCUGCAACAAGACCUUAUUUACAUAAUUGGAGUCUGUUCCCUUAGAGAAGAGUACCAAGGGAAUACAACAAAUGUCACUAAUCUAAAGUUGACAUUUCUCAGGCUUCCUUUAACUAUCUCAUUUAAAUUUAGCACAAGCAGUGGAACCCUACAGUUAGAGUAUGAAUGCAGAAUGUGCAGCUAAGCUAAAUGAGGCAGAGCUGCCAAGGACGGCCCGUUUGUCAAAACUCUUGUGAGAGUCUUUCUCUAGCAUUCCUCCUCUGAUUUCAGUCAUCCUAAUAAGUGGUGUAUGUUAGCCUCCGUGAUAGUGAUUCAGGAAAGUUCACUGUGACAGGUCCUAUUCUAGGAAAAUGCCACUUCUCAGUCUCAGAAAUCCUGCUAACAAAACACACUGGAAUAUGCUGUUCGGCCAACUAGACAAUGGCAAAUAUUUGGUGCCAGCUUCUGAAGCCUGCGCGAGCCCAGUGCCAGCAUUUCCACAGUGAUCUCACUGUUUCUCAUGUAGCAAAAUAAAACAGCACAUUCAUCAUUUAUGAUGGUAGCUGCUGCUGCUAAGUCUCUAAGCUGCAUGGAAAGAACAUCCCCUUUCAUUGCGUCUUGCUACCACCCUAGUCCAUUUAUCUGUAAUGAACUUUGUAGUGAAUUAAAAGAAGGCAUUCA